AUGGGUUCAUUGGAGUCGGGGCUUCCUCUCAAGAGGGACGGGGGUCUCUUCCGUUCCUCCUCAGCUGGUAAAACUGAGAGGAACCUGUUUCUGCAGAAACCCAGAUCAAGAUUCUCCCGUUUCUUCUUCCUCAAGAAGCUCGAUUACCUCCUAUGGAUUUGCACAGUCGCUGUCUUCCUAUUCUUUGUCGUUGUCUUCCAGAUGUUCCUGCCUGGCUCUGUCAUUGAGAAAUCGGAGGGUUCGCCCACCGACCUUGACUUGCUCUCCGGGGAUUUCGCUUAUCUGAAACAAAUUGGUGGGUUGGAUUUUGGGGACGAUGUCCAGUUCAAGCCGUCCCAUCUAUUAGAGAAGUUUCAGACGGAAGUCCAGAGAGAACUCCAUCCUUCGUCCAUGGCGAAUAAGACUCAAUUGCAGCGUUUCGCUAACAGGAAGCCACAGCUCGCCCUGGUGUUCAGUGAUCUAUUAGUUGAGCCGCAGCAGCUGCUUAUGGUUACAGUGGCAACUGCAUUGCAAGAGAUGGGGUACUCAAUUCAGGUAUACUCAUUAGAGGAUGGUCCUGUGCAUAAUAUCUGGAAGAGCAUGGGGGUUCCAGUCGCAACUUUCAAAGACGAGAAAACAAAUAUUAUGGUUGACUGGCUAAACUAUGAUGGCAUCAUUGUAAACUCUCUUGAAGCCAAGGAAUUCAUCUCUUGUUUGAUGCAGGAACCAUUCAAAUCUGUGCCUCUCAUAUGGACCAUCCGUGACAGUACGCUUGCUAUUCGUUUGAGGCAGUAUGAUUCCAGUGGUCAGAUUGACCUCAUUGAAAAUUGGAAAAAGGUUUUCUACCGCGCUAGUGUAAUUUUGUUCCCGAAUCACGUGCUACCGAUGAUGUACGCAGCAUUUGAUGCUGGAAACUACUAUGUUGUCCCUGGUUCCCCUGCUGAAGCGUGGGGACUAGAUGCUACAAACACAUUAUCUGAUGAGAACCGUAUGAGAAUGGGUUACAGGUCUGACGACACUGUAAUUGUGGUAGCUGGAAGCCAGUUUCUAUAUAGGGGUUUGUGGCUUGAGCAUGCACUUGUUUUACAGGCUCUGUUACCGAUAUGUUCCAACUUCCCACUUGAGAAUAAUUCCAGUUCUCUUAAAAUCAUUGUUUUAAGUGGCAACUCCAACAGCAACUACAGUAUGGCUGUAGAGGCUAUUGCAGCGAAGUUGAACUAUCCAAGUGGUGUUGUGAAGCACAAAGGUGUCGAUGAAGAUGCAAGCACUGUAAUAAAUGCAGCUGAUCUUGUGAUAUAUGGGUCCUUUAAUGAGGAGCAAUCUUUUCCAGAAGUUAUAAUGAAAGCAAUGUCCAUGGCGAAGCCUGUCAUUGCUCCAGAUCUUGCUAUGAUAAAGAAAUACGUUGAUGACAGGGUUAAUGGGUUUCUUUUCCCCAAGGACAAGAUCAAGGAUCUUACGGGAAUUUUAUUGCAACUGAUGCCAACAGGGAAACUAUCACCUCUGGUUCACGAAGUUGCUUCAAAGGGAAAAAUCACUGCUAAAAAUCUGAUGGUUUCAGAAACAAUUCAAAGUUAUGCCCUACUACUUCAAAAUGUUCUCAAACUUCCAUCAGAAGUUAUGCCUCCUAGAGCUGUUACCGAAAUCCCUCCAAUAUUAGAAUGGCGGUGGCGACUAUUUCAACCAUUUUUUAAUUCCACAUAUGAAGACAGAGCAUUGAAGAGUUCUAGAUUCUUGGAUAGGUGCGAGGAGCUGUGGAACCAUACACAUAUGGAGGGUUCUGGUUCUACAGGUGGUCCUGAUGAUUCAUUUAUCUAUGAAAUCUGGGUAGACCAGAAAAAUGAGCAGAUACUCCAUAGUAGAAAGAGAAGAGAAGAAGAAGAACUGAAAGACCGUACUGACCAGCCUCGUGGAACAUGGGAGGAAGUAUACCGUAGUGCCAGAAGAGCUGACCGGGUUAAGAAUGAUUUACGGGAAAGGGAUGAAGGAGAGCUUGAGAGAACAGGUCAACCUUUAUCUAUUUAUGAACCGUACUUUGGAGAAGGGACAUGGUCUUUUCUGCACAGUCAAUCACUUUAUCGUGGGAUAGGCUUGUCUACAAAAGGGAGAAGACCUAUGACAGAUGAUAUUGACGCACCAUCUCGUCUACAACUUCUGAAUGACCCUUACUACCGAGAUACCCUAAAUGAAUAUGGAGCAUUUUUUGCAAUUGCAAAUCGUUUUGACCGUGUUCAUAAGAAUGCUUGGAUAGGGUUCCAUUCUUGGAGAGCAACUGCAAGAAAGGCAUCUUUGUCUAAGGUUUCUGAAAAUGCGUUGUUAGAUGCUAUUCAAUCACGAAAGUAUGGAGACACACUCUUCUUUUGGGUUCGCAUGGACACUGAUCCAAGAAAUCACAUACAACAGGACUUUUGGUCCUUCUGUGAUGCCAUAAAUGCAGGAAAUUGCAAGUUGGCUUUCUCUAAGGCCCUGAGCAAGAUGUAUGGUAUCAAAGGGGACCUUGAUUCCUUGCCGACGAUGCCUGUAGAUGGCGAUACUUGGUCUGUCAUGUCGAGUUGGGCUAUGCCAAGUAGAUCCUUCCUGGAGUUUGUGAUGUUCUCAAGAAUGUUCGUGGAUGCCCUGGAUGCAGAAAUGUAUGAUGAACACCGUCAAAGUGGACACUGUUUUUUGAGUUUAUACAAGGACAAGCAUUGCUAUUCUCGGAUUCUCGAGCUUCUUGUCAACGUGUGGGCAUACCACAGUGCUAGACAUAUGGUGUAUGUAAACCCAGCGACUGGAGUGAUGCAUGAGCAGCACAGCAUGCAGAGCAGGAGGGGCAAAAUGUGGACAAAGUGGUUUUCAUUUGCCACAUUGAAGAGUAUGGACGAGGAACUGGCCGAGGAGGCAGAUUCAGACCACCCGAGCAAGAGGUGGUUGUGGCCUUCCACUGGCGAAAUCUUCUGGCAAGGUAUGUAUGAGAAGGAGAGGAGCAUGCGGAAUCAGCAGAAAGAGAAGAGGAAGCAACAGAGCAAGGACAAGCUUAGGAGGAUGAAGGGUAGACACCGACAGAAAGUGUUGGGGAAAUACAGGAAGCCCUCUCCGGAGGAGAUGGCGACGAUGGAGAAUUCGACAAUGUUGAACCGCAGCAGGAAGUUGUGA